UUGAAUUUAGGUGUAUGCGUUGACGAAGGUGAAAUAUACUUCUUGAAUCGCUACGAAGCCAGACGAAGAAGGUCGGCUUCACGAUCAUCAAAACGCGCAGGUGCACGAGGUUUAGCCUUAGACUGCGGGAACAGCUGCUAUUUUAGGUUGCAUCGUAACUCAAGCAAAGAAAAUGAUCCUGAAUUACGGAUUCAUCUGUUUCGGUGGCGACAAUUUCCCAUGGUUUAUACUCCCGGUGAUUCAUUUAGGCUUCUACGAAAGUAUAUUAGUAGAGAGAUUCGUCCGGUAGUACAGUAUGUUGAUUCAAAUAAAACAAUGCGUACCCGUUUGUCGCGUGUUGCGCCAAGUUGCAUCUACAGUGCACAUGUUAAGGGAACUACGGAAUCAUCAAUUGUCAAUUUAUGCGAUAAUCAUGGCGGCCUGUUUGGUACACUGGUGCUUCCGGAUGGUACCUACAUUAUUGAGCCAGUGGCUAGCCGUACAGUACGUGGCGAACAGUCUACACGGAAAGCUCAUCUUGUAUACAAAGCCCGAUCUCUUUCGUUUCAAAACUAUGAUUAUUCUACACCAAAAUCAUCUGGAGAAGUGUUCGAUGGAACUAUAUUGCCUACAGACGUGAACAUGAGUGUCACACCAGUUAUCUUAUCAAAUGAUACAUUAUCUUCAUCGUUGUCGUCAUUGUCAUUAUCUUCAAAAAAUACAUUUGAUAUUAACGUUUUUCUGCUUGUUCAACAAGAUUUUUCAAAUUAUUUGACCAUUUUUGCAGUACGAAGUAAUCGAUCUCGAAGAUCUGCAAACUCAUGGGAUUACUACGUUGAAGUGCUUGCAGUGGCUGAUUAUAGCAUGUUUUUGUAUCAUCAGAACAAUCUCGAAAAUUAUCUUCUUACACUAUUCUCAACGGUAAUAGAAAAGGAAGCAGCUUCGAUAUAUCGUCAUCCAAGUCUCAAUGCUGCCAUCAAUAUUGUUCUGGUGAAAAUUACUGUUUUAAAACAAAGAAUGCCCGAAUUUGAGGGUGAAGUUGCUCGAGAUAUUCUAUCUGCUUUCUGCAGAUGGCAGAAGCACAUCAACGAUCCAAAUGAAGAUUCUCUGAACCAUCAUGAUGUUGCUCUUUUUCUGACGCGAAAUGAUUUAUGCAGAGGUGCCGGACAAUGCGAUACUCUUGGACUAGCGGAACUGGGGAUGAUGUGCGAACCGGAAAAAAGCUGUGCAAUAAUUGAAGAUAAUGGACUUUCAACUGGUUUUACCAUAACUCAUGAACUUGGCCAUAUAUUUAAUUUGCCACACGAUCAGGAUGAACCAUGUAGUCAGUACACUUUGAACCAGCCAAGUAAUUUUCAUAUAAUGGCGAAAACUGUGCGAUACGAUACACAUCCAUGGUCGUGGAGCCUCUGUAGCUCAGCAGUUCUGGCGAAAUUCUUAGACCUAAAGCGUUAUCGAACGCAAUGCCUCCUAGACCCUCCUAUUGAAAAGCGGUAUCACGAGCGAGUGCUUGACAUGCCGCCGCCAGGUGCAAUGUUUUCUGCCGACCAGCAGUGCAAAUUCUUAUUUGGUUCACAUGCCAGGCAUUGCACGCUGGAAGCGGCUUUAAUGGAGAAUGAAACUUGCACACGGCUGUGGUGUGAAGGUUAUUUCGUAACUGGUAGAGGUGUUAUCACAAACGGUUGCCGUACACAUUAUUUACCGUGGGCCGAUGGAACGCCUUGUGGUCCCAACAAGUGGUGUAAUCAGGGAAAGUGUGUGGGACUUUCGUUUCACAACACGAUGAGACAAGAUGGUGGAUGGGGUGAAUGGGGACAGUGGGGAGACUGCUCACGAACUUGUGGUGGAGGUGUUCAGCAGGCGAUUAGGAAGUGCGAUAGUCCUCGUCCGAGCGGUGGCGGUAAGUAUUGCAUAGGACAGCGAGAGCGCUACCGUUCGUGUAACAUUUUGGACUGCCCUCUGGACACUCCAGGAUUCCGAGAAGUUCAGUGUUCUUCGUUUGAUUAUAAAAAUACUGGUAUUCACGGUGUGUCUCGUAACGCUAGAUGGAUUCCCAGAUACGACGGAGUCAGCUUAAAUGAACGUUGCAAGCUAUAUUGUCAUGAACAUGGAAAAUCUGCUUUUUAUCUUCUGAACGCCAAGGUUAUCGAUGGAACUCCAUGCGAUAGAAAUACCGAUGACAUCUGUAUUGAUGGAACUUGUCAUAAAGCAGGUUGUGAUCACCGGCUUGGAUCUGAUGUUCGUCGAGACAGAUGUGGCAUUUGUGGAGGGGACAAUUCGUCUUGUCGUUUGGUUACUGGCACUUACAACCAACGUGGACAUUACGGUUAUACUGAGGUUGUGAAAAUCCCUGCAGGUUCAUCUGCUAUAGAAAUCACGCAGAGGUCUUAUAAAAACAGAAAGGAAGAUGAUAAUUACUUGGCUUUGCGAAACGGCAACAAUGAAUUCAUAUUGAACGGUAACUACCAAGUUUCUGUCUACCCAGUGCAAGUGACAGUUCAAAAGGCAGUUUUGUGGUACUCGGGCAGUGACAAUAUAAUUGAAAGAAUUAAUGGCAGUGGUCCAAUUCGCACGGAUUUAUACCUUCAUGUGCUUUCGGUCGGUAGGCUUUACCCUCCAGAUAUCCAUUAUCAGUAUAUGGUUCCAAUUGGUGCAGAGAAGCAUUCGCAAAAAACAAGUUCCAGUUCAUAUUACUGGAGGAAAGGAGAAAGUUGGUCUGAAUGCUCAGCGAUUUGUCAAGGUCAACAGGUGCAAUCACUCAUUUGCACUGAUAGAACAACUGGUCGUGACGCUCCCAAUGAGUAUUGUACGUCUAGGCCACCUGCUGUACAGUCAAGAAUUUGUAAUUUGGACUGUGUGAUUAAAUGGCGCUCAGUUGGUAUUGGACCAUGCUCCGUUACCUGUGGCCAUGGCGAAAUGCGUCAGAGAAGUGAGUGUAUCCGGCAGUUUAAUGACGGCAGAGAAGAGGCCGUUCCAGAAAAAGAAUGUCGCAAUCUUCAGAAGCCAAGUGACCGAAAAGCCUGUUACCAGGAUUGCGCUGGCAGGAAAUGGGCUUAUUCUGAGUGGAGUACGUGCUCUGAAACGUGUGGAAAUAGUGGAAUAAUGCAGCGACGGGCGAUUUGUGUUGACCAGAACAGUAGACCGAUUGAUGAAAAGUUGUGUGAACGAGCAGCUAGAGAAAUUACAGAAAAAGAAUGCAACAGAAUACCAUGCCCCAAAUGGGUAUAUUCCGCUUGGUCUGAAUGCUCACGCUCAUGCGACGGUGGUGUUAGAGUUAGACACGCUUCAUGUCAAGAUGCAGCUGGCCGGGAAAUAAGUGCAGUACUGUGCAACAUUAAUGAGAAGCAUGACAGAGAAUCUUGCAAUGAACAUUUGUGUACGCAGUGGCAAUUCGGCCCAUGGUCAACUUGUUCAGUCACAUGUGGUGACGGCGUUCAAGUGCGAGAUGCUGUAUGCGUUGAUCGUGACGGAAGACAUUUAGAUUCAGGGCGGUGCAAUUCGCAACAUCGGCAUGUUUUGAAACAGUGUCAUCUAUCCACUUGUCCGAGAUGGCGGUUAGGUGGAUGGAGUUCUUGUUCUGUAAGCUGUGGUGAUGGCUGGAAAACUAGGCGUGUUGCUUGCGUUGAUGCCAGCGGAAACGAAAUAACGAAUGAACAGUGUUUGGGGAAAGGGGAAACGCGACCUUUGAGUCAUGAAAAAUGUAACCUAGGCUCUUGCGCAUUCUGGAGGGUCUCUGACUGGUCACAAUGUUCUGUUUCCUGUGGCGUUGGCGUUCGUACUCGGAGGGCUGAAUGUGUACAUAAUGAUAAAAUUGCUGACCGUCAGUUAUGCGUUGAGGCGAAAAAGCCAAAAACUGAAGAGGCUUGCCAUUUGUACGCUUGUGCUCACUGGGAGUCUUCGAGUUGGACCUCCUGUUCGGUGACAUGCGGACGCGGCACACAAACUCGUAUAGUGCAGUGCGUCAAUAACGGAGGGACCAAAUCUAAUUCUCCUGUUCUUACAAAACAAUGUGAUUCUAAGACUCGUCCGGCAUCUGAAAGGGUUUGUCAGCUGGAACCUUGUCAAAGUUAUUACAGUAGAAAAGGAACGUAUCGUGAGCCGUCCAGAAUUCGAUGGGAAGCUGGCAGAUGGUCGGAAUGUUCUAAAAGUUGCGGUAGCGGUACUCAGAGACGUCUUGUAAGGUGUAGGUAUGACAAUCGCGAGGUCAGCGAUGAAUACUGUAAAAAUAUGUCGCGUCCAGCAAGUAUGCAAAAUUGCCAGAAUAAACCCUGCGCAGAGUGUGUUCGGCGACGUGCGGAUCUGACGUUGUUACAGAGAGGCUUGUAG